AUGAGCAAUCAGACGGACCCCCAAAUUUACAGUAAACGUCAAGAGCUGGAGGCAUUGAAGAAGAUAACGGCGUUGACGGACACAAUGAAGUUGCAAUUGGGUGAGUUGAGCGAACAAGUGCAAAUGAUGGAAAACAACGUGGAUUCAGUCGCACGUGUUACGGCAAUUUGGGAUUCAGUGAUGAAAUCUAUUUCACAGGCUAGUCUUGGUCUCUUGCAAUAUGCUGAGAGUGAUUACGAAGUCGGAGUUUGGGAUGAGUCUUCCCAAGGGAAGAAUAGGCGUUUGGAUAACGAUGAGGAUUCUCAAUUGGAAAAUGAGAAUGAGAAAGUCUUACCAUUACCUGAAACACUGGUGAGAAUAACUGCUGGUGAGGAAGCCGACAAUACUCCAGACAUUAACCAAGAUGUUGCAGAAGAAAUCAGAGAACCAUCGAUCGAGCUAUGA